CCACCACGCACUACAAAGACCUAUCAAUAUUUGGGAUCAAUAAACAGCACUUUUUGUCCGUCUCUAGAUUCCUUAUUCCUAACGAGAAUCUUCUAUCCAUCAUGUGUCACGACAACAGCGCUGCUCGGGAGCUGGCGCUGAUCGUCUUUUUGCCGUUAAUAGCGUCUUUGCUUAUGCUGUGGACGGCCUCCUGGCUUUUACUCGAUUCCCCUCCAAUCUGCAAAGCCGUCUGCGCUGCCUCCUGCCGGACCGUCUGCGAUACCUCCUGCCAGACCGUCGGCGGUGCUCACACACGGCCACUGACCUAUGUGGCGUCUUUUCCGGUUCAGACUACUGUUGAUGAAUGGGGUCGUGUGAAAGCGGAGCUGCCUCAAGGUAGCACUCGCGUUGAGCUGAGGAAAGUUUAGAUUGAGAACCGAUGGAAGCGAGAUUUCAAAGAGCUAGGAUGAAGAUCUUUGCUAUAGCUGUUGGCUUAUAGUUGCUUAAGAGUGUAGGGAGGGGCGCCGGCGGAAAGAGGGAAUUAUUGCUGCCUGUCUCCCCCAUCUUGUCAUUCUCAGGUCUGAGCUGUGAAGUCCAUGAAUAUGUGGGCUU